AUGGUCAAGAUCGUAACUGUCCUCUACGACGGCGGCAAGGCUGCUCAGGAGGAGCCCAGGCUCCUCGGUACCACCGAGAACUGCCUCGGUCUCCGAGAGUACUGCCAGAAGAACGGCCACGAGCUCAUCGUCACUUCCGACAAGGAGGGCGCCAACAGCGUCUUCCAGAAGGAGACGACUGGCGAGAACGGCGCUGCUAUCCUUGUCUCCACGCCCUUCCACCCGGCCUACUUGACCAAGGAGAUCAUCGACAAGUCACCCAACCUCAAGCUCGCCGUCACUGCUGGUAUUGGCUCUGACCACGUCGACCUCAACGCUGCUGCCUCCAAGGGUAUCACCGUCGCAGAGGUCACCGGCUCCAACGUCGUCUCCGUCGCCGAGCACGUCAUCAUGACCAUGCUCAUUCUCGUCCGCAACUACAACGUCGGCCACGCCCUCUCGAUGCCCGGCGGCAGCUGGUCCGUUGGUGAGGUUGCCCGCAACGAGUUCGACCUCGAGGGCAAGGUCAUCGGCACCAUCGGUGCUGGCCGUAUCGGCUACCGUGUCCUUGAGCGUCUCGUUCCCUUCAACCCUUCCAAGCUCUACUACUACGACUACAAUGAGCUCCCCGCCGAGGCAGCCAAGAAGGUCGGUGUCGAGCGCGUCCACGACCUCAACGAGUUCCUCCAGAAGUGUGACGUUGUUACCGUCAACUGCCCACUCCACGAGGGCACAAUCGACCUGAUCAACAAGGACAACAUCAAGCACCUCAAGGGCAAGUGGCUCAUCAACACCGCCCGCGGAGCCAUCUGCAACGCCGAGGCUGUGGCUGAGGCCGUCAACUCGGGCUCUUUGCUCGGCUACGGAGGUGACGUGUGGAACAAGCAGCCCUUCCCUGAGAACCACCCGUGGAAGGCAAUGGUUGGGCCCAACGGUAGGGGUAAUGCCAUGACUCUCCACACCUCGGGCACAUCGCUCGACGCGCAGGCUCGCUAUGCCAAGGGAACGAUCGAGAUUAUCGACAACUUCCUCAACAACAAGCCUCAGCGAAAGGAGGACCUCAUUGUGGACGCUGGCGGAUAUGCUACGGCCGCAUACGGACAGAGGAACAAGUAA